CGGGGUUGGGAAAUAAUGGUCUACAGACAACAGGGAUAAAACAGUCCACCUAAUUUUAGUAGGACGAAUUGCAGAAUCGGUGCCUGCAAAACACUUUUUUGCUCCACUGAAACUGGGAAGGGCAAGAUUAUUAGUGCAAUAACCGUGGGAUGAGGCAGUCCUGUUGGAAGCUGCAGUGUUAAAGGAGCGUCAGUCCAAAGAUCACCAGGAAGUACCCACUCCCGUUAAAGAUAACGGCCCUCAUUCACUCUGGGAUGUGAAGCCAGAUGACAAGCAGCAAGAUGAAGAACCUUCUGCUUUUAGGAAUUUUUUUGUCAAUAUUUCAACUCAGCCUCUCUGACAUUCCAGAAUUCUGUAAAGAACCCAAUGAUCCGGGACAUGGCACUAUUUUCGCCUUUUCUAUGUAUUAUGAUCCCAAAAGCGACCAGUGCAACCCUUUCUUUUACCAAGGCGAAGGAGGAAAUGCCAACCGCUUUACAAGUGAAAGACACUGCAUGAGCAACUGUUCACCCAAUGCAGAAAGUGUCUACCCCAGGGUUGCAACUAAAGCCUGCCAUUUAAAAAAGGAAAAUGGGGGAUGCACCGGCACUUUUCUGAGAUACUACUAUGACUCAGUCCAUGACAAGUGUAAAAAAUUCAUUUGGACCGGAUGUCGCGGAAACGGGAACAGAUUUUUUGACUACAACAGCUGCAAUGCCACCUGUGCUGGCGUCCAUGUUGAUGGGGAGGAAAUGGAGGAAGAUGAGCCAGAUACCCCUAUUGCAAUCAUCUGUGGAGUCCUCCUCGCUCUAGUUGUCGUUGCUGUUAUUGGAACAGUGACUUUCCUGGUAGUUAAAUCAAAGAAAAAGAAGGGGAAAAAGAAGGACAAAGUGAAAAGUGAUGCUCCCCAGGCUGAAGCACCUCUUCAGGAGGGAGGAAUCGAAAUGACAUAAAUAUGUUUCUAGAGUUUUUACCAGCUAGUGUUUAGGAACUAGUUUUGUUUGUCUUGACUGAGAAAAGACUGACAAAGAAUAGGAUUUUUUUUUAACUGAUGUUUUUUGCAUUUUCUUCCAUUACAUUCUUACGAUGUGCAAAGAAAUGUUUGACUUUCUUCUGAUUUAAUUUCCCCUCUAAAUCCAAUAGUUCUCCUUAACAUAAGCUUUUUGAAUCAAAUGAUCUUUCAGAGCUGCAACAAAUGUUAAUCCAUUAGUCACUGUUGAGUUUUUGUUUUUUUAACAAUUGCUGUCUUGCUUUUAGUUGUCAAAAGUACACUGAGUAAAAUGGCUUCAUGCUGACACAAAAAAAAAGAAGAAAAAGAAGAAAAUUGUCGGUUAUGGAUUUACUUAAAAUUAAAAACAUUUACAAUUUAAAAGAAUUAUUUGAUUGUUAUUAGUAUUUUUAAGAAGAAAAAACAAGAAAAAAAUGUUCAAAAAGGACUGGUUUGGAACUCUCUGUUUUUAUGUUAUGAUGAACUGAAGGUGAGCAUUUCUGUCAUUUAUUCAAUACAUUCAUUUAACCUUCUGUUUUUUAAAAGAUGAUUAAUUUCUGAGUAACUCCUGGCAUCAAAGCCAGUGAAAUCUAAAUAUUCUGAAAUAACUCUUUCACUUUUUUUGUUCUUUUUUUCCCCACUUAUGUUGAAGAGUAAAUUUUUUAAUGUCUUUUGUGUUGCAUAUUUCUGCACACAGUUGUUUUACUUCACCUAAAGUUGGCAUUAGGUUAUUUUCGUGUGACCUUUUUGUUCUAAAAUGUCCUCAGUAUUGGUAAAGAAGUUUCUUUGAUACCUUGUAAAAGGUGCUAUUAUUUCCUUUUAUUGCUGCGAGAAGAAAAAUGCAACAUACAUUUUUUCUCAAAGUUUGUUUGAUUACUUCAUUAAAGAAUGUGUGCUUUGUUC